AUGGAUGAUGCAGGCCCUGAGCUCCAACGCCGUCUUGCAGCUUCGCGCUACUCCGAGGAUGCCGUCCCGCUCGGGCACGCCAGCGUGUGGGGUUCCUGGUUCUGUACAAAGACGCAGUCCUGGGGCUUUGCCUGCUGUCAUGCCACGGACCGCGAGGCGAAGCCCUGCAAACCGGAGGCUCUUCUUGCGAUGUCGGAGCCAGAAGACAUGGUGUCAACUCCAAGAGAGGCCAAGGCCUCCUCGGAAGCCUCGGAGUGGCUACCGAGGAGUUCUUUCGAGACCUCCGUAGGCUUCUUGACCCAUUCGAUGCAGUACUUCCUUCGAUGCUGGCGGAGUGGCCUUCAGGAUCCAACAACGGCGACAAGGCUCCAGGGCCUCGGCAGUGGAGGCUCCAACUUAACGUCGGAAAAAUCUGUCGAUGAGGCAGGGCGUGCUGUGGAGGAUAUGUGCCGCAAGCUGGGUGCCCAGCGGCUGUCGGUUGAUCUCCUUCACAAGCUUGAGGAGAUGGUCGUCAGCAUUGGUGACCGUGAGUAUGCCCAUGCCAAUAAGAUCUACAUGGACUUGGUCAUUGGGACGAAGAAGUGGCUGAACGACAUGCCCUACAUGGUGAACUUCUCCAUGUCCCGCCAAGACACCGAGGUGCACUGGACUCCGGAGUCAGGGUCGCAUCCCGUUGACGAAGCCGGUUUGCGCAAUCACGUGGUCGUCCUGCGCCGCAUCAUGAUGGUGUUGCAGGCUCUGAGCCCCAACACCGAUCCGUCCAAGAACUGCGGCUAG